AAACACAAAGCUGCAAUGUGGAGAUUUUGUGCCGGGUUUAUUUUGUUUACGUUGUUUUUUUAACCACUUUUAGCACGAAUAUCCUCUAAAAACAGAUGAUGUCUCAAGAAAAUGGUGCAACAUGUGUGAGCAAUAACUCCAGCAGUCCACACAGAAAUGAGAAGGAGCGUGUUUUAAAGGAGGUAGGAUUCACCAGCACCACCUUCAUUGGUCCAGCGUUUCCUCCAAAGACUACCACAGUAAAGACUGACAUUGAAGACACACUGAGUGAGUUUUACAAAGAGCUCGAGAAGCUUGAUGCUCCUGAUGGCACUACUGUUAACCCAGGGAAACAAUAUGCAGGUGUUGUACAACCAUCCCUGCAUCCCAAAACAUCCACCAGGAAAGAGGGACAGCGCACAAACCAGGAGAAAACUGAUAACACAACCAGACAGGCAGACACAGAUGGACGCAGCGGACAGAAACGGCCAUCUUGGUAUCAAAAUGAGCCGUACUACCCCAAAAGACCGAGGUCAGGCAUUGAUAUGAACUCUGCUCAUGAUCCGCAGCAUUAUCCUCAUGCACCAAACAGACCACCAAACCCAAGAUUUGACAGGCUUCCUUUCCAUCCUCCACCCCCGCCAUCUGCAUUCCCAAAUCCACCAGACCUACCAUCACACAUCAAUCACAACAGGAUUGACACAGGCAUGAUAAACCAGUAUAGAGACCAGCCUCCUUUUCCACCCUUUUCGACGAAUGAAUGCAGUCACCCCCCUCAGGACUUUAUUGGAGAUACUCCAUACCGCCAUGACAGGGAUGAACGGGGUUAUGACCACAAUGCACGGCCAGAUUAUGUUAAUGUUGGAUGGUCUAGAGAUAAACAAGAGGAGUGGUCUCAAUUUAGUGAAGAUUUUGACUGGCGCCAGAGAUUUGAUUCAGAAAAUGAACUGUGGGAGCGACAGCAUCACUGCAGACCCCCUGAUAACACUCUUUCCCAACAUUCUUCCUUGGUGCUGAUCUUGAUGAGGGGAUUACCAGGGUCUGGGAAAUCAACAAUGGCAAGGGAGUUGCUCUCCACUGGUCCCAGUGGGUUAAUACUGAGCACAGAUGACUACUUUGCGUAUAAAGAUGGCUACCACUAUGAACCAGGACUUCUUGGAAAGGCACAUGAAUGGAACCAGAGCAGAGCUAAAGAUGCUAUGCAUGAUGGCCGUUCUCCUGUUAUUAUUGAUAACACAAACAUCCAAGCCUGGGAAAUGCAGCCAUAUGUCAAGAUGGCCUUGGAGAGGGGAUACAGAGUGGACUUUUGUGAACCGGACACCAGGUGGAAGUUUGACCCUCAUGAGUUGGAAAAGAGGAAUAAACACGGUGUUACCCAGGAGAAGAUUGCACAGAUGAUGGAUCGCUUUUCAUUUCCCAUUUCCAUCGACAUCGUCAUGUGUUCACAAGAGCCGCCUCAUGUGAACCAGAGACGUCGGCCUGAGCAACCACAGAUGAGGAACAACAGAGAUUUCUAUUAGUAUUUUCAGGUAUUUCACAGCCAAAUAAUUUGCCUUGAAGAACAACACGUUUUUAACAUGUGAAUAUUAUCAGCUGCUGUUUCUACUUGAAUUGAAAUGUAUUGUUUUUGUAUAUUGUAAAUGUAUGUAAACAGAGACGAGAUAUUUUUUCAUUAUUAAAUCUUUAUCUCUAACAUUUUUGCUAGGAAUAGUCAAAUCUCUCAAAUCUCUCUUGGUGUUUUUUCACUGAUAUGUCAGACUUUACACUCAGUGUGAAAUAUGCAGCAAAAUUGAGGUUGUUCUCAUCUGCCUCUCCAGUUUAUGUCUUAAUCCAUUACCAGUCGGUUAUUCACAUUGUUUUUGACUUCUUGUAAUUCCUUGAAAUCUGUAGAGCAACUGUGAAUGUUUCUUUGUUCUGGUAAACAUGAAAUGUAUUAGUUCAUUCUCCACUUUGGCAUGCAAGCAUAUUUCUGCUUUUGUUCUCUACUUAUGCCUGCAGGGGACACCAAAAUACAAUUUUCCAUGACAGUUCCAACUUCCAUGUUUGUAUGUUUAAAUAAUUCAUAUUAUUUUUCUCAUGAACUCAGUACUUAAAGGUUUUUUAUUGUAUCCAAUGCAGCUGUGUGACAGGACAGAGUGUAAACAUUCACAUCUUGAUGAGUACCUCCAUCAGAGUUUUGCACGUUUUGUGGCCCAAAUAUUUUCCUUCUCAAAAUAUAUCCAGUUUCAGGGUGAAAAGUCAGACUAUAUUAAUAUUGUCAGACCUCAACUGCCAAGCAAAAAAACUCCCUUUCUAAAUACUGUUUCUCAAUUGGAAUAUUUACUUAUUUAUUUCUCUCAUUUUUGUGAAGUGCAAAAGUAUGAAAGUGAAGUCAUUGUAAAUCUACCAGUUAACUGUUCAGUCUUGGUAAACACACUGACUUUUUUUUUUUAAUGAGACUAGUUGGCCAAAGCAGAAAAACGUCACUACACCUUUAGUAAAUGACAGUGGGAAGCCAUGUAUAGAGACCUUAUCACAGUAGAAGCUCUGAUAUACAGCUGAAUAAUGGUGAGUGUGAAAAGGUCUUUGUCUGAUAGCAUUCAUUACUGUGUCUCUCAGGAAAUCACAUUUUGCCUGUGUAUUCCCCCAGGUGUUCAUUAAAGCAGCGCAGAGGUGCUGUUUUGUUGACUUUUUUUCCAAUCAGCGAAGCCCUGUGCAAAGCUGAAGAGCCUCGAAGCAUUUUCUCUGGUUGUAACACUCGUUACUCAAAUACAUCUCUCUUUUAGAGAAGGGAAAUGUCAUCCAGUAUGUUUGCUGUUCUACACAGUAAAUGUACCAUGUUCCAUAUGCUCAUAUCCUGAACAUGUACCCUGUGGAUUUUGGAACAAAUUAACAUAUUUCUGUGUAGCUAGAUCUGGGCUACCUGUCAUGUUCUCUGCUUCACAUUAUGCAGGCACUGUUUCAUGUUUAAAAGUAGCACACUAACAUGCGCAAGUUCAUAAAGUUAGAUUUUUAUUUCUAACCAAGAACUGUACGUGCAGAUUGUGGGUAUUCGGAAUGUUCACUGAUAGGAGAAACCCUGCAGUAAAUGCCAGUGUGUUGUUGAAUGAGACUCUGUGGUGUGUUAAGCAUGUUAUGUGACUUUCAGCCUGUAUUUCAAUGAUUGUAUUUCCUCUAUAUCAGUUAAGCUUUUUUGCUUUUUCAUGUGUUCUGUCAUUGUGAUUUUUCACAUAUCUUCUUGCCACGUAACUGGAUUUUGCAGUGUUUACAAACUGAUGCAACACCAUUCAGUCACAGUGGUUUUUACUGAAGUUAUAUUGUUUUGUCUUUUGUUAUGUUUCAGUAUUUCAAACACAAAGAUUACAUCAAUUUUAACAGCACUUUGAUCUUAACCUGUUAAUCCAGUUGGUUUCAAAAGAUUUUCACCAAACAGAGGGUUGUGGUAUUUCCUCACACUAUUGUGAUCCAUGUAAUCCUUUGGUAGUCUUCUAUGAAUA